AAGUGAAUAGGGCACCGCGACUGGCGUCUUUAUCUCUCUCUCCCUCCCUCCCACUUUCUUCUCCGGCGGUUUCACCGAUUCUCGGCGAUUCUCGCCGAGGCACCGCGACUGGCGUGAUGUUCUUUUCCUUUAUCCCUUUCUAUUUCUUCCCCUAAACCUGAAGACUCUAAAAUCUAGGGUUUUAAUUUUUUUCCUCUAUCGAUUAUGUUCCGUUCGGCGAGAAUCACCGCCGCGCCUUCGUCACUGGCUGAGUCGCCGCGCCUCCAUCACCGCCUCUACGGUUGAGACUGUAUUCCAUGAAUUUGGCCAUGCUCUUCAGCAUAUGCUGAAGAGGCAGAAUGAGGGUUUUGCUGGUAUAAGGAAUGUAGAGUGGGAUGCCAUGGAAACAAGUUUUGGGAGGAUGGCAAGAUCUUUAGUUAAUUUCCUUUACAAAGGCAUUGCUGCAUUUUCAGCUGCUAGUUCAACUGCUAGUUUAUCAAAGAGACGCCAGCGGACUUCGGAUUACCUGGAAGGCUUCAGGUCCAUCUUCGCCUACGUGAUAAAACAGACCGCCACAAAGGCGUUGGAGAUGGCGGGGGUGGCCUCGGAGCAGAUUGCUGCCUUGGAUAUGCCGGCCUUAAUGGAGAACAUCAAGGACGAAGACUUGAACGAGUUGCUGGGGAUCACUGCUGAUUCUCCAAAGAAGCCGGAGUGGUGGUAUCCGGUUUUGGAGAAGGCCAUUCCCUAUUUUGCCUUUGGGGUCGGCUCUGACUCGGUGCCUGCUGCUCCGGUGUACAAGCCUACCUUCUGCGCUUCCCUGGUGAGCUUCGUGAACCGGCUGCGAGGUCCAGCUGCUGGCAGCACCCUGGGGUUUUCGCAGUAUAGCAUGGAGCCUCCCCUGCCCUCCGGUUUCAAGGCCUCCGCCUUUGAGGAUCCUGCUUCUUCUUCCUCCACGGUGGAUCAGCUUUUUGCCCUGUACAGAGAUGAAACAGCAUAUGUGCAAGAAGCUUUGAAUCUGCUGGAUGUGGAAGCUCGCCUCCCCAAGGUGAAGGAUACUGGCACGUUGCCGGUGCUUGCAGAGGGAGCCUCCUCUAGCCAGGUCUCUGCAGCUGUCGUCCCUGCUCCAGUUUCUUCUGUCCCUGCUCCAGACUCUUCUACUCCGGUCUCCUCUGUCCCUGCCCCGGACUCUGCCGUCCCUGCUCCUCCCUCCUGA